UUAAUUGAAAUGGAUUUAUAUUGUCUUUUAACUGAUUUAAAUCAGUCAAAGUAUUGCAUUGUUCCAACCCAGAAUGUUUUUGAACUUAAUGAGAAGAAUAAUUUGAAAAGGAUUCGAUCAGACACAUAUCAGGCCGACAAAAAAUAUUAUGUCACAGGCGCAAGUUUACAAAUUGGCAUUGGAGGUUUUUACAUCAUUGAUUCACAUGAUGAUUACAAAGUUUUGAGAAAAAGGAACCCAGUGGAUUCGCGCAUAAUCCUAGCAAAAUUACCAGAUUAUAGUCCAUUAGCUGAGUCACAAGUAUCAAAGAAGGCAGGUACCUCGAAAAUCUCUAAUAGUGAACAGGUCGUAAAAAAUCCUGACGUUCCUCGCAAAUCAACGAAAAAAUCUACCGUUGCGAUUGCAAGGAAGGAUAAUGAAUUAAAUUCGGCAGAUUAUUAUAUGGAACAGGAGAUAGCAACAGGUUCUGGGAAUACUCGAGAAACAGGAAUAAGAGAAGUAACAGAAGGAACAGAAGAAACAGAAGAAACAGAAGGAACAGAAGUAUUAGAAGAAACAGAAGAAGGUACUUCUAAAGAUAAUAAUAGUGAAUUACCAGAAAUAGCAGAAGAAACAAGGAUGGCAGCACCCGGAAAUCGUGACAAUCGAAGGAAUAAUGAUAGCGACAGUGAAUCGGAUGAUUUUGAUAAUAACAAGGAAAAUCCUUCUAUUUCUAAAAAAAGUCGUUCAGUUUCAAGAACGUUCCAGACACCUCGACCAAGGACGAAACAAUUUAUUCAGAGACCUUUUUCUCGUGUGCAACAACUAAAGAGAUUGCAAAAAAAAAAUAAAAAUAAAAAUAAUAAUUCACUACAGUCUCCUCGACGAAAGUGUCGGUCAAAUCCGAGAAUUCCGACUUUUACUGAAAUAAUUACGGUGGAAAAUAACGUUGAAGUAAGUGUUUAA